GGGUGUUCGCUUACUGGGUGUCCCGUAAGUGCAGGUGAAGUGCGGAAGGGUUUUCCUUCGACUGUAAAUUUCAAGUAUUAAAAUCUUGAGACCUCCCACAACCACCUCUCUUCUCGGCCUGUCGCUCUCUCCUAGGAAGCGCUCAGCUGUUAGAAGUGACAGCUGAAAACUUCUGUCGGGAGUAGCGCUGCCGCUGCUGUUACAGCCACCAGGAGUUUUAUUUCGGGAGCAAGGGGGCUCUGCUGCAUCUUCCAGGGGUCAGUUAAAUGAAAGCAUGGACCAUGGGGGAGUUGGACCAUAUGAACUUGGCAUGGAACAUUGUGAGAAAUUUGAAAUUUCGGAAACUAGUGUGAACAGAGGGCCAGAAAAAAUCAGACCAGAAUGUUUCGAGCUACUUCGGGUACUUGGUAAAGGGGGCUAUGGAAAGGUUUUUCAAGUACGGAAAGUAACAGGAGCAAAUACUGGGAAAAUAUUUGCCAUGAAGGUGCUUAAAAAGGCAAUGAUAGUAAGAAAUGCUAAAGAUACAGCUCAUACAAAAGCAGAACGGAAUAUUCUGGAGGAAGUAAAGCAUCCCUUCAUUGUGGAUUUAAUUUAUGCCUUUCAGACCGGUGGAAAACUCUACCUCAUCCUUGAGUAUCUCAGCGGAGGAGAAUUAUUUAUGCAGUUAGAAAGAGAAGGAAUAUUUAUGGAAGACACAGCCUGCUUUUACUUGGCAGAAAUCUCCAUGGCUUUGGGGCAUUUACAUCAAAAGGGGAUCAUCUACAGAGACCUGAAGCCGGAGAAUAUCAUGCUAAAUCACCAAGGUCAUGUGAAACUAACAGACUUUGGACUAUGCAAGGAAUCUAUUCAUGAUGGAACAGUCACACACACAUUUUGUGGAACAAUAGAAUACAUGGCCCCUGAAAUCUUGAUGAGAAGUGGCCACAAUCGUGCUGUGGAUUGGUGGAGUUUGGGAGCAUUAAUGUAUGACAUGCUGACUGGAGCACCCCCGUUCACUGGGGAGAAUAGAAAGAAAACAAUUGACAAAAUCCUCAAAUGUAAACUCAAUUUGCCUCCCUACCUCACACAAGAAGCCAGAGAUCUGCUUAAAAAGCUGCUGAAAAGAAAUGCUGCUUCUCGUCUUGGAGCUGGUCCUGGGGAUGCUGGAGAAGUUCAAGCUCAUCCAUUCUUCAGGCAUAUUAAUUGGGAAGAACUGCUGGCUAGGAAGGUGGAACCCCCUUUUAAACCUCUGUUGCAAUCUGAGGAGGAUGUGAGUCAGUUUGAUUCAAAGUUUACACGUCAGACACCUGUUGACAGCCCAGAUGACUCAACUCUCAGUGAAAGUGCCAACCAGGUCUUUCUGGGUUUUACAUAUGUUGCUCCAUCUGUACUUGAAAGUGUGAAAGAAAAAUUUUCCUUUGAACCAAAAAUCCGAUCACCUCGAAGAUUUAUUGGCAGCCCGCGAACACCUGUCAGCCCAGUCAAAUUUUCUCCUGGGGAUUUCUGGGGAAGAGGUGCUUCAGCCAGCACAGCAAAUCCUCAGACACCUGUGGAAUAUCCAAUGGAAACAAGUGGAGUAGAGCAGAUGGAUGUGACGAUGAGUGGGGAAGCUUCAGCACCACUUCCCAUACGACAGCCGAACUCUGGGCCAUACAAAAAACAAGCUUUCCCCAUGAUCUCCAAACGACCAGAGCACCUACGUAUGAAUCUAUGACAGAGCAAUGAUUUUAAUGAAUUUAAGGCAAAAACAGGUGAGGAAGGGAUAUGUGAGCAUCCUGUAAAGUGAAACAAGAAAGCUCAAAAUGACAGUCUUGAAGAGUCAGUGUCAUUACAUUGAACACUUUGGACAGAGGAAAAAUAAACAUGGAUUUUAAAAAAAUCAAUCAAUGGUGCAAAAAAAAAAAACUUAAGCAUAAUAGUAUUGUGGAACUCUUAGGCACAUCAAUUGAUUCCUAGCGACAUCUUCUCAACCUUAUCAAGGAUUUUCAUGUUGAUGGCUCAAAACUGACAGUAUUAAGGGUAGGAUGUUGCUUCUGAAUCACUGUUGAGUUCUGAUUGUGUCGAAGAAGGGUUAUCCUUUCAUUAGGCAAAGUAUGAAAUUGCCUGUAAUACUUGCAACUAAGGACAAAUUAGCAUGCAAGCUUGUUCAAACUUUUCCAGCAACAUGGAAUCAAAGACAAAAGAAACUUAACAGUUGAUGUUUUACGUGCAAACAACCUGAAUCUUUUUUUUAUAUAAAUAUAUAUUUUUCAAAUAGAUUUUUGAUUCAGCUCAUUAUGGAAAACAUCCCAACUUUAAAAUGCAAAAUUAUUGGUUGGUGUGAAGAAAGCCAGACAACUUCUGUUUCUUCUCUUGGUGAAACAAUAAAAAUGCAAAUGAAUCAUUGUUAACCACAGCUGUGGCUAUUUUGAGGGAUUGGGGUGGACAUGGGGUUUAUUUUCAGUAACCCAGCUGCAAUACCUGUCUGUAAUACUAGGAAAAAAAAAAUCUAUUUAAUCAUUUCUACUUGCAGUACUGCUAUGUGCUAAGCUUAACUGGAAGCUUUGGAAUGGGCAUAAUUUGUAUGUCCUACAUUGCAUCCUUGACCUGGGCCUGCAUUGCACUGGAAAAAUAUCGCCCCCUGUUCUUAUACCAGUAUUUGGUUCAAGACGCCAAAUAUUUUCAGCCUAUGGCUGAAGAAGGAUGGAAAAGAGGAUAAAAUACAUACUGAGGGCAGUAAAGUGAGGGAGAGAGGGAGAUCCAGGGGAAGAGGGUGUUAUCAUGUUCCACUCUCUAUGUCUAAUCUCUUUACAGCAAAUUGUUAAGAUUUUAAGUUUUACUUUUAACUGUUUUUGCUGUCUACCUUCCUUACAUUUUUUUCCUCAGCAGUUUCAAAAGGAAAAAGAGUUUCUUCUAUACUGGGGCUACAUUUUUUGAUUGUAAAAACAUUUGAUGGCCUUUUGAUGAAUGUCUUCCACAGUGAAUAAGAAAACUUAGUGGUUUAAUUUAGGAAACAUGUGAACAAGACAUUAUGUUUUUGAAAUUGUAACAAAAUCUACAUAAGUGAUAUACAGGUACAAAGAAUAAAAAUAAAGGUAACUUUACCUUUCUUAAAUACUUCCUGCCUUAAAGAGCGCAUUUCCAUGACUUUAGCUGGUGAAAGGGUUUAAUAUCUGCAGAGCUUUAUAAAAAUACAUUUCAGUGCAUACUGGUAUAAUAGAUGAUCAUGCAGUUGAGUCUUAUCACCUCCUUUUGUUAUAAUGUCUUCUGAGUGUGCAAAGUCAAUUUGUAAUAUUUUGCAACCCUACAAUUUUUUUAAAUAGUUGCUGCUUGCUAUGUUCUUCAAACCUUUUUGAGCCAUAGGAUCCAAGCCAUAAGAUUCUUUAUGCAUGUUGAAUUCAGUCAGAAAAGAGGAAAGCUUUGCUUAUUUAAAUGGCAAUUCAAGUGAGAUGAGAUGAAAUCCUAUGACACUGAGCAAAAUAGAACCACGAAAAGUGAUUGGAAAUAUACCUUUUCAAUUUUGGCAAUAAAUGAAGAAAUUGGUAACAGUUCAUCUUUGGACAGAAAGCCUUUUAUUUUUUUAUUAUUUUUUUUUUAUUUUAUCACUUCCUCUAGACCUCCUCCUCCCUUAUUGCAGCAGCCUACUGAGAACUUUGUUAACUGUAGCUAGUAAAUUAGAAGCUACAAUAAAUGAUAAGGGCAGAAAUUGUACUUAACGUGCAGAGCUUUGUUCUAUGACAGUUGAUGUCUGAAAAAACAGAACGCAAAAACUAUGGUGAUAAGUAUAGACUUUCUUUCAGACUGUAAAUGACUUGUGCUACUCUGAUACUUGUUUUCAAAUGUGUUUACUAACUGUAGUGUUGACUGCCUAACCAAAUUCCAGCAAAAUUUUUACACUAAAAUAUUCCUCCUCAGUCCUAUUUGCUAGUAACAUUUGCACUGUGAUUGGCUGGCUAUAUAACCACCCCAUAGUUAAACUAUUUUCAUAAUUAGCACUGCCAGCAGUAGUGGCACACACCGCAAAUUUUCUGCAUAAAAUGCAUUAAUUACAUAUUUACCAUCCAUACAAAUAGUUUUCAGACUUAAUAUUGAGUGAAAUUAAUUUCCUGUGCUGAGGCAAGUUCACUGAAACAUUGUUUCAUAAAUGGAUAUCCCUACUCUGACUGUGAAACAUGUCAAGUGCCACUUUUAGUGUCACAGACAGAAAGCACACACCUAUGCAAUAUGGCUUACCCUAUAUUUAUUUGUAAAAAUCCAAGCAUAGUUCAAAAUGUAUGAUGUCAAUAUUAUUAGUCUUAAGUUUCUAAGAGGAUUCUUUAUGAUUAUUCCAGGUAAGUGUAUAAAAGAGAUUAAGUGCUUUCCUUUCAUCACUCGAUUAUUUUCUUUAAAACCAGCUGUUACAGGAUAUUUUUUUACUUUAUACAUGUUGUUUUUUAAUUAAAAUAUAAUCACUGAGAACUGAA